UAUAUAUUGUUUAUUAUAUCCUAAAAGAAAAGGAAUAUGUUAAAAAAAAUUCCAACAACUAUCACUACAAGUGCAUUUUGGCAGUCUGUCAAUAUCCUGAUUACAAAAUCUCAUGUAGUAAAUAAAAGAGUAUGGGGCAAUAUGGUGAAACACAAAUGCAUUUGCAAACCAAUAACUUCAGACAUUUUAAAUUGGUGUUUACCUGAUCAGUGUGGAAAAGUAGACAAAAUAGAUAAUGAAGAUUUAUAUUUAGACUAUUUACUUACGAAUUUACAACUUCAGCGGUGUGAUAUAUCAGAUUCUGAUGAUGCUAUUGAGAUCAUACUCUCAGAGUUGCUCCCUAAAAAUUAUAGUGAUAGCCACGCAGUCCAACUAACUUGCCUACAAAAAGACAGAAACCUAGUUACAUUUUAUGAUGUUACACCAGAAAAUGAAAACCAGAAUAUAUGCCCAAAUUAUUCUUAUUCUUUGCAAUUGAAUAGCAACAUGAUUCACCUGAAGGCUAAUUGUGAUUCGGGCUCCAAGUCAUUUCAGUGGCUUUUAAAUACAGUGCUGCCGCAAUUUGUCAAAUGGGGACAAGAGUGUGUGAAUACAAAACCUAAAUCACAAUUUUGUAGCGACUCUCUGGCCUUAGUUUCUAUUGAUAAAUACUACAGAAGGUAUAACGAGCUAAAGAUGAAGUAUGGGAAAGAAAUGGUUAAGAUAUGGCCUGAAUGUACAGAUCCGAGUAAAUUUGUUUAUGAAGAUGUGGCAAUAGCCACUUACUUGCUUUUACUCUGGGAAGAGGAAAGAGCACAGCAAGGCUCUAACAUUCUUCAAAGCUUUGUGGACUUGGGCUGUGGAAAUGGCUUACUAGUGUAUAUCUUGUCAAAGGAAGGACAUCCUGGAGUUGGUAUUGAUGUUAGAAAGAGACAAAUUUGGGACAUGUUUGGAGCUGAUGUAAAAUUAGAAGAAAAGACCAUUACACCAUCUGAUACACAUCUAUUUCCUGACACUGAUUGGAUAAUAGGCAAUCAUUCAGAUGAGCUGACCCCAUGGAUCCCAGUGAUUUCAGCAAGAAGCUCCUACAAAUGCAAUUUUUUCUUACUCCCAUGUUGUGCAUUUAACUUUGAUGGUACUAAAUACCAAAGGAAAAAUUCAUCUAUAAGUCAAUACACGGAGUAUUUGGAACACAUAAAGCAAUUGUGCAAAGACAUUGGCUAUAAAACAGAUGUUGACAGGUUGAAAAUACCCAGCACUAAAAGAAUCUGUCUCCUAGGCAGAGGUCGGACAUAUGAAGAGAAAGCUUUUGAAGAUCAAUGUAACCAGAUACAAAAUCUUAUUGAUAAGGAACAAGUGAACAGAAAUGAAAAUGUAUGGAUAAAUGAUUUUAAGCCUAGAGAUCCAGUGGAAAAGGUCAAAAAUUGCACUCAAGUAGACAAAAACUUGGUACAAUCAAUUGUGACUCAUAUAACCAACUAUUUACUUAAAGGUUGUAAUGUAUCAAAUAUCUGGAACCCUGGCAAAGUUGCUGACAUUAAUGAGCUAGUACAACUGUUACCACAUGAUCAACUGAAAGCUUUGAAAUCAGAGUGUGGUGGUUUACAAACACUGUUGAAGAACAAUCACCAUAUAUUCAGGGUCCAAAGUGGCAAAGUUCAGUUGAGGUAUCCUAAAACAGUUGAAGAUGUAAAAAAGGAUAGUCAGUACAAGAAGAAUAAAGCUAAGUCUGGAAAUAUCAGGAUACAGUUUCGGCCAUGUUGGUUUUACAACCAUCACCCACAGGGAUGCCCACUGUCAGAUGACAAGUGCAGUUUCUUACAUGCUAAGAGCAGACAAUUUUUUAUAUGAUAUUGAUAUGUAUAGUGUUGCCCAGCUGUGCAAAACAAACCACUAAACAGUAAAAAAAAAAAUUUAAUUUGACCAAUCACAAUUAUA